AGAGGCUUGUCUGGAGGUGUAGGCCAAGGACACCUAGCCUUCCAUGUUACGCCGUCUGCCCUCAGGCUGCCAGCCAGGAUGUGGAGCAGGACUUCAGAGAAGCAGUUACGGGGGGACAGCAGUCAGACCCCUACCCCAUGUCUCAUCCGUAGACUUGACCACAUUGUGAUGACAGUAAAGAGCAUCAAAGACACAACCAUGUUUUAUUCCAAGAUCCUGGGUAUGGAGGUCAUAACUUUCAAGGGAGACCGGAAAGCAUUAUGUUUUGGAGACCAGAAAUUUAACCUCCACGAGGUGGGAAAGGAAUUUGAGCCCAAAGCUGCUCACCCAAUUCCUGGCUCUCUGGACAUCUGUCUGAUCACAGAGGUGCCCCUGGAGGAAAUGGUCCAGCGCCUCAAGGAUUGUGACAUCCCCAUUGAGGAGGGUCCAGUCCCCAGAACGGGGGCAAAAGGGCCCAUUAUGUCCAUCUAUUUCCGAGACCCCGACAGAAACCUGAUUGAGGUAUCCAACUAUAUUUCCUCCUGAUUGAGGCUGGCCCUUCUCUAUUCUGCUCCCUGUCACCCUCUACCUUUCUCUCUGCAAACCCUCAUCCAGGUCUUAGACUCCGAGCACUGCGAUCUUAGGCACUUCACACAUCCUGUUGGGGGGGCCUGAGUUGGGUGUAGUGUUCCAUAUGACUGAGUGUUCUCCAUCCAAGCUGCCCCAAUAAACACUUACA